AUGAAGCUGCUUCUUUGGGCCUGCAUCAUGUGUGUUGCUUUUGCAAGGAAGAAGCGUUUCCCCUUGGUUGGUGAGGAUGACAAUGACUAUCGUUACCCACUUAAUCCAUCUCUGCCUAUUCCUAAUGGUUUACAGAAUUAUAAUUUGCCGCCUCCUCUUUACUAUCCCUCAGUGAAUACCAACCCCAAUUACCCUGGGAAUCCUGACACUGAUACAGGUGUACCUCCAUAUCCCUGGGUUUUUAAAUCUUCUGGAAAUGCCCAUACGUACCAUAUCCCUGAUUUUCCCUUAACUACUCAGUUGACCACUGCUUCUCCUGCUCCUCCUCCUCGUCCUCAUCCUCCUCGUCCUCGUCCCCCUCCUCCUCCUGGUGCUUCCCACCUUGUCUUUCCUUCAAGUGUUCCUGCAGCACCCACUGCCCCACCUAUUGCAGCUAAGCCUGUUGUAGCUACAUCUGCUAUAGCAGAGCCUGCUGCACAUGAGCCUGCUGCCACCAAGCCUUCUCCAGCCGAGCUUGCUGCAGCUGAACUUGCUGCAGCUCACCAAACAUUUGCCAAUUGA